AUGCCGAGGAAAAGUAAUGACGUCGCAGGGCGAGCUUGGAACAUCCUCCGUUUAGCGCUGUUAUGGGCGAGGAAAGGCGGAGUGUUUAAACGGCGUUUGAUGACGGAGCUCCGUUUGUUACCGAAACUCAUGAAGAGUAUCGGCCACGACACUCCCAAGGACAGAAUCCGUUACGGCGAGCGCCAGCUAUCGUUCGAUAAGACCCCGAUUUUCCCGGCCAUUAAGAUUAACGGAUCUUCGUCGAUGAGACACUUCCACAUCCCUUGCCUGAACCCGCCCACAGUAGAUUUCGACUACGACUUUGACGGUCAAGACGACGACGUUUAUUACGGAGGCUAUUGUAAAAAUAACAGUAAUAAUGAAGAUAAGGAAAAUGAUGGUGGUAGAAAGAGUUUCCUGAUCAAGGGUGGAGAUGGUGAUGUUAAUAAUGAUGAUAAUGAAUUUGUACCGUACGAUCAGGAAGAGAAUAUUGAUACGAAGGCAGAGGAGUUCAUAACGAAGUUUUAUCAACAGAUGAAAAUGCAAAGACAGAUUUCUUAUUUGCAGUACAACAAUGAGACUAUUACCACAACUCCCAGAAGAAGCAUUUGUUAA